CGUCGGUAACGUGUCAGGUUUUCACAUACUGGUUAUUCACUGUUAGUAAACUAACGUGGGAGAUCGUGGUUUCGCCAAUAUGCCUCUUGGGAGUCUCCCAAAGAAGUUCUCAUAAUUACCGAUAAUUCAAGCCGUAAAGGUCCCUGCCCAGCAUUGAAGGUCCCGCCAAGCACCAUGCUCUUACGUCGCCCGCUUUAAACACUUGGGUUCAGUCAUAAUGCGAUUGUGACUGCAACACAUCAUUGGCCGUCGUCAAACCGACUCCUUCGCCUCCGCAACCUUACUCAAGGGGGCUAUGUAGAACCUAACGGUGCCCAUCGGAGCGUCUGGAGUGCGGCACUGCGUGCAGCCGCACCUAAUUGCAUCGGCAUCCCCAAUGGAUACAGCGCAGGCGGCCCGCCCCAAGUACAAGUAUGCUGGCAGCCUGCACGAGGGGCACAAGGAGGCGAUCUUCUGCGUCGCCUUCAACACCUGCGACCUGGCCCACCGGGACGUGUUCGCCACGGUUGGGCACUGCAGGGUGAGCAUCUACCGGCUGCUGCCAGCGGGGCAGUUCCAGGUGCUGCAGGUGUACGAGGACGAGGAUGGAUCUCCCGGCUCUCAAAGCCGGCCAAAGCGGAAGGCUCCCCCAGCCCUCCACGACCCCAGCACCCCCUCCGCUGCCGACCCCACCUCCGCCCCCACUGCCACUGCCGCCCUGGCCAACACCGCCGAUGCUGCAACCUCCGCCGUUGACCCUAACGCCCCUGCUACUGCCGCCAACCCCGCUACUGACGCCUACACCGCCCCUCGCGGCACUAGCGGCGGCACUGGCAGUAGUAGCAGUGGCGGGGAGCGCUUCCACUGCUGCAAGUGGUCUCGCGACCCGGACAGCGGCGCCGCGCUGCUGCUGGCUGCGGGGCGGAAGGCGCUAGUGCGCGUGCUGGACGUGAGCCGGGGGCAGCUGGUGCAUACGUUCUCGGGUCACGGCCAGGACAUCAACGACAUCGCGGUGCACCCGCAGCGGCCGCACCUCUUCCUGACGGGCAGCGACGACUGCAGCGUGCGGCUGUGGAACUACCGCUCGCGCACCUGUGUUGCCGUGUUCGCCGGGGAGGGCGGCCACAAGAACAAGGUCCUCACGCUGGACUUCCACCCCUGGG